GUCCUUCUAAGGAAAAAAUCAGUGCCGAAGAUGGAAUCACGCAAUAAACUACAUUGAAGGUCAGAAAUCAUUCUUUAUCACGCCGACUUAUUGAAGUCCUGAGCGGCGCAUUAUAAAUGAUAAAGAAUGCAAUAUAUUUCAUUCUUCUCGCCAACGGCGCAAUAAAAGAAGAGUAAAAUCAUCGUUUUUUCUUUCGCCGUCUUGCAAAGCCGAGCGGCGCAAUACGAAGAAAAACGCAAGAUUCAUGUGAAUGAAACGCUAUGAUGCACCAACUAGCGCUCUCAGCGCGUGCAAGAAACAUUCGUCUCGUGUAGUCAACGUGCAAUCUGAACGCAUCCCUUCGUGCUCGUGCGGGCGGCAGCAUUGCGCAAUCCUCGAGUUCCUCGACCAAUCGCAGCGCCGUACGUCAACGCCGAGAGAACGCAACACUGCGAUUCAUCACACAGCGAUAACGCGACGACGCCAUUAAUUCGUUUCGUGUUUGAACAAUUCAAUUUAUUUACCGCAUUAGUAAAUUACUUGUGACUCGUGUAUUAGUGUAUUUUAGUAGUGUAAUAUUGUUUAGUGAUUGUAAAGUGUAGUGAUUGUUUAGAGCAUUUUAUACAGAAUUGUAAAAAUGUCAGACACCGAACAAAAAGAGGCAAUAGCCGCGCGAGGUCGCGCCAAAGGCUCAAUCACACGUUUAAAAAACAGCUUUGACCGAGAAGCGCUCAUAAAUUCGCCGAUAGAGUUAGUGCAAGCAAAGAAAACUAGGCUUCUAGAAGCCUUUCGCGAAUAUGAGCGCCUCACUAGCAAGGUUGCCUCGCUUUUUUCCUCCCCACCAGCUACUCUCGCCACCGAUGACGAGGAGGUGGAAGAUAACUACAUUUUGUUGAUAGCACAGUUAGAUAGCAUCAUAAAUGUUAUCCGCCUACGGGACAAUCCUCCUCAAGUGAGCGCUACCAGCAGCAGCGAAAAUGGCGUAAGUGUCAAGUCGGAGAACCUCAAACUGCCUCGAGUCGUCAUAAAAACAUUCACAGUUGUCAAACAGCAUCUUGCUGCUCUGCAAAACCUGGGUGAGCCGGUAGAUAAGUGGGAUGCCAUAAUAAUUUGCAUCCUAUCUAAGAAGAUUGACCUGCCUACCUACAGAGCAUUUCAACUGGAGCGAGAUAACAAUGUGUCGCCCACGGUAAAAGAAUUCCUAGGUUACGUGGAAAAACGUGCCCUAGCAUUUGAAAACACUGACAUGCAGAAGGGGCCUUCGCAGAGCUUUGUCAACCAUCCUGUGGCUGCACAAGCAAAGCCGUCCGCGCAUCAGCCUCAGCUGCAAUGUUUAUACUGUAAGUGUGCACACAGAUUAUAUAAUUGCCCGAGUUUUAAUUUAGCUUCCAUUCAUAAACGCAUGGAGUUCGCUUCAACAAACAACUUGUGUAAGAUUUGUUUGUCGCAACACAAGCGCAAAUGCAAAUUUCAUUUUCGGUGUAAGGUGUGCAAGCUACAGCACAAUAGCUUAUUGCAUCAAGACAAGCCUACUCCUUCUGUAACUUUGUCUGCAACUAGGAAUAGAGCCCAUAAUAUAAUAUUGCCUUCUGCUCGAGUCAAGCUGAUUACUAAGUCAGGGCUAGCAAUAUAUUGCAAGGCAUUGUUAGAUGGUUGCUCACAGGCAUCGUUCAUUACACAGAGGAUUGUGGACAAAUUGGGAUUACCGAUGCAAAAUACUAGUUCUAAAAUAACUGGUAUCAAUAAUGCCAAGCAUGCGAUUGACAAAUGUAUAAACCUUGAUGUGCAUUCUGCUGUUUAUCCAUUCAAAAUAAAUGUCAAUUGCAAGGUUGUUGAUAAAAUAACAACAAAGUUGCCACAGAUUCCUAUUAACAAGUCGCACAUAACAUUGCCUACUAACUGCAAACUGGCCGAUGAGAAUUUUAAUAAGCGUGGUGAUGUGGAUUUGCUGCUAGAUGCUGGUGUCUUCUUUCAGAUUCUUCUGAUGCAGACGAAGAAUAAUGGAGACCAAGCAACCAAACAGCCUAUCGUAACUGCGGGCAGUGCAAGUACUCCGGCACCGAGCUUUACAACCUCGAGUGCUGCAGCUUCAAGUACUUCAAUAGCAUGCGCCGCUACGCCACAAGGUCCUACACUAGUGCAGACAUCAUUUGGCGUGAUCAUCGGUGGUCGAAUGCAGCUACCAGCAAGAAAAAAAUCCAAACAGGUAAUAUCUUUGCUUUGUAGGGAAUGCAAUGAAUAUCCAAGCGACCUGUCAAGUGCAUUUGGGGAAACUGAAAAGGUGCCUGAGAUUUUCCUACAUAAAUUACCAGAGCAAGACUAUUAUGAGGUCUUACAGCCCAAUAAGGUCCCUUUAGAGCAAAUCAACUCUGAUUUAGGAAAAUCUUCUCACUUAGCACUCAAUGGAUUUCUCAAUCUAGAAAAGAGGUUGCAUGUGCCACAGAAUCAAACUCUUUUCACAAAAUAUAAUGGGCAUGGGCAAUUAAUCCUGCAUAAUGAAGAUUGUAUAUUUUCAGAACAUUCACCUGUGCCCACCGAGUUGCCUGAACUGAAAGCUGAUCAUACCAGUGCUCUGUGCCUUACAACCACAGUGCACCACCCUGAUCUCUUUGAAAUAAAAAAGUUCUCUACUGUAGCAAAAAUGACUUGUGUUCUUGCAUAUAUCCUUAGGUUUUGCAAUCAUGUCAAACUGACUUCUCAGAACCUUAAGGGCUUCCUAACUAUAGUCGAGCUCAACAAGGCCCUCAUGUUAAUAGUCAAACAUGAGCAAGCUCAAUCCUUGGCAGAUGAUUUAAGGAUGCUGCAAUCUCACAAGCAAGUUAAAGGUAAUUUAAAACCGCUAACUCCCUUCCUUGAUGGCGAAGGCAUUAUACGAAUUAGUGGUCGAUUACAAAACGCGUCGCUUCCUUAUGCUGCACAGCAUCUGGCAAUAUUGCCAAAACAGUCACCCAUGACAAACUUGAUUAUAAGAAAUCAGCAUAUAUGUUUACUAGAUACAGGACAAAAUGUAAUCUUAUGUUAUUCAUGACAAAGGCACUGUAUAAUAGAAAGUUUAAUCACUGUAAAAAAGAUUAUAAAUAAGUGUCUAAUGUGUUUCAGACUGAAUGCCGUUGCCACAACUCACCUGAUGUGUUUCAUGCCUGCACCACGGUUCACUGCUUCGUGCGAGUUCGGUAUUCGUAGUUAUAAUAAUACGUAGUGACAAUUCACCUCCUCUCGAGUAGCCUAUGGCGAGGGUAAUUAACUUGUUCCGGGGAAGGACGGCAUAUUACGCGCAGUUGAGCAACCCUUGGCAAAGCGGUCAUAUUCACAAUAGGUCUAUUAAAAAUAUGUGUACUGCCUAUAGAUAUUUAACUUAGCCUAAUUUUUAGCUUUUAAUAAGUGUCUAAAGUACCUAUUACAAAGGUAUGUAUUUAAGUGUAAACAAAGAGCUUACAUAUAUAUUUAUUUUGUUCUGUUAAGAUUUGUGUUGAUUAAUCAUCAGUUGUUUCUUUAAAAAUAAAUAAUAUAAUUAUAAUUUAUUGUAAUGAAUCCUGUCAAAUGUUGCUCAU